UUUCCCUGCCCUCUGUGUUCCUGCGUCACGACUUCUGCGACUCAGCUGGCAUCAGGAAACCCAUGCUAUCCCAUGGCAUCCUACCCUAGAGAGCCAGCGUUCCUGCCCUGUGGGUCUUGUGACAUGGUUUUCCGCUCCUGGGACUUGUUGGCCACCCACACUAAGCGCUUCUGCAUUGGCCGUCUGUCCCCAGAGGUGACACCUGGAGCACAGCCUUCAGUAACUACUGAAUUACUGGGCACAGAGAAGGUAAGGAGCUCUAUUCUUCCUCUUAAACUCUGUGAUCAGGCUGUUUCACAAGAAGUCCAGAGCUGCUCAGAUCAGGGGGAGGCCAGCAAAUCUACCCUGAGGAGAUUGACAGAGGAGGUGCAGUGGCUGCGGCUGUCCCUACAGGAAAUGCGACUCGGGCCAGCACAGGGUCCCCCCUCCCAGACCACAGGGAGCCCAAGCGAGCGUCUGCGAGCCUUGCAGGGGACCCGCGCCUGGCGCCUGGAGGAGACGCACGCGCAGAGGCGGACCCUGGAGCAACGCCGCGAGGAACUAAAACGGCGCAUUGAAGGUGUCGCCCAGGCCCGGACCCGGGGAGGGCUAUUCCGCCUGCUGGUCCUGGAGCGCGAGCUCGGAGAGCUGCGGGCCGAGGCCGGCCGCACGCAGGGGGCGCUGCAGAAGCUGGGGGCGCGCGUUCAGGAGCUGCAGGCGCGGUGAGGCGCCGGCGGGGCGGGGCGGGGCGGGGCGGGGCGGGGGACCCGCCGGGUCGCUGAGGUCGUCUCCCCUGCACUACAAGCCAAUUCCCAGACACUGGCGGCCGAGAUCUGGGCCCUGCGUGAGGCCUACAUCCAAGGCGGAGGCCGAAACCCUGGGGUUCUGGACAAGAUAAGGCAGUUGCAAAUGGAGGCAUCAGCGCUGGAGUUGCAACGGUCGCGGAGCCGCAAGGAAAAGGCAGGUGCCACCUCUGGGGAUCUUCUAGUAGUGGAAGCGGAAAACCAGCGCUUGGAGGCAGAAAUCCUGGCCUUGCAGAUGCAGAGGGGCCGGAGCCGUGCAUCUUGGGGGCCCAGGAAAUCCGAACUUACGACUGAUCCCUGCUCACGCCUGAGGGGGAGAGGAGAUCCCCCACUUCUGCCUCCACCAAUUGCGCCCCCGCUGCCACCACUUCCACUCUAAGGCUUUCUAGAAGUCAGUACUCCUUCCUCAUGGCAGCCGCUUUGUGAAACCAUGGCCAGGAACUUGAGUCUGGACACACACUUCCUCCUGCCGGCAUCUGAUGUUCUAGGCCCUGCACCUUAUGAUCCUGGGGCUGGUCUUGUCAUUUUUUAUGACUUCCUGCGGGGUCUUGAGGCUUCUUGGAUUUGGGUACAGCUAAUGACCAGUUUGACCCGAGAUGGACAGAAUACAGGUGGGAUCACAGCAUUGCCUCCAGCCCUUUGCUUGCCCUCACCUCCAGCUCCUGGGCCUGUGGGCAACUGCGCUAUCCUUGCCAGCAAGCAGCCUGUACCCAGGCUGCCUCCAUCUCCACUGGUAUCUUUGAUCUGUGAACUACAGGCUUGGCAGGGGGUAGCAUGGAUUAGGGUACCACAGCCUAAGGCUUGGGCCUCACUAUUGCUAUUUGACCGGGAUCAGCGGGUGCUUAGUGGCCGUUGGCGCCUCCCACUUCGUGCCCUUCCUCUGGAUCUCAGCCUCAGCCCUGGACAGCUGAAUGAGAUUCCCCAGGCAGGUCAAGUUGAGCUCUUUGUGCGGCUGGUGAAUGCAAGAGACGCGGAUGUCCAAGCAUUGGCAGAGAUCAACCCAGCAAGUACCCAUGAGUACCAAUACCCACCACUGGUAUCCAGUUCUUCACUGGAAACUGGCUCCCUCACCCACAAUCCUGGCUUUGCUGAUCCCCCUCCUACAGAAGAGCUCAUGAACAGCAAGGAUGAGAGUUUGGGCCCUCACCUACUAGUUUUUUGAGCUGAGGUGCAAGGUCCAUUUUAAGACCUGCAGCUAUUUUAUGGCUAGAUUUAGAGGCAAACACCAACCACAGCCAAGUAGAUGAACUUCCUGCACCUGGUUGCCUUUUGUAAAACAGAUUUAUUGAGGAUUAAAUGAGUUUGUCAGAUAAUUACAUUAUCUGGCAUUUAUUAUUGCCAAAUUUCAUUCAAAUCUCAGUUGCUGUGCAGACACCUCUCAAGCUCCCAGCAUACAGGAAACUCUUGAAGCUUUGCUGAUUCCAGUUAGCACUCAGACCAGUAGUGUUCUGACUGAGUAGAGGACUAUGUACUGAAGUUGUAUUAGCCUAGCCUCAGAUCCUAUCACGAAAGAUCUGGGAGUCAUUAUACCACGAAUGAGGCCAUAUUGUUUAUGUUCUGAUUAAAACAACAACAAAAAAAGUGGUAAGCUGGGCAUGGUGGUACAUGCCUUUAAUCAGCAUUCAGUUGGCAGAGGUAGGAGGAUCACCAUGAGUUCCAGGCCAGUCUGAGAAUAUGUAGUGAAUUCCAGGUCAGCCUGAGUUAGAGUGAAACCCUAUCUUGAAAAAAAGAGUUGGGGGAGCCUCAGGAGGACCUGGAAUGUACACUAUAAGGUCAUUUCUAGGAAGGAAGUUCAAGGUCAGGUAACGCCAGAGGUUCUGAAAGAUAGUGAAAUAUGGAGUCCAGGAAUGAAUAAAGACAAUAUGUUCUAAUGCUGUA